AUGUGCACCUUAGAAUCCAGUUGCGCUCGUUUCCAUGCCCGUGUGAAAGGCGUUGACUUCUGGGACAGGCUGCCAGCUGUUCACGACAGACAUCUCAAUGAAAGGCUCUCCCGUGAAGAGGGCGGUCAAAUACAUACAAAUACAUACGUCUGGAGAGAAGAGAGUAGAGAAGCACACAUACCUAUUUACAAGCUCUUGACCCUUCACACGCCUGCGUCAACUUUGCCAGCUUCCCUAACGUCGACAGCCUGGAGAUCCCGCUUGAAAAGACACUUCAAUCGAACUGCGACUCGGGAGACUUUGCUCAGCCAAACGCAUAUGACAAAGAUCAAAAAGCAGAAGAAACACGAGGCGAUGAAUGCUACAAGCCCUCACGAAAACCUCUUCUCACGAUUCAUGAAUCAGGUCACGGGCAGCAGUUCACGGGAAAUGGAAACCGCCAGAAAUACUGCGAGUACACAUGAGCACAAAGAAACAGCGGCGCCUGAGGAUAAUGGGGACUUAAAGAUCACCGCUGAAGCAAAGGUCCGCCAUGGAACCUCGACCAUUAUCAGCCCAGAUGGACUCACUGUGGUCAAGUAUUCGUCACUUGAGAAAGUAGAGGACACCGCACCAGAGCAGGAACAAGACGAUCAAGGUGGUCGCGCCCCAAACACAGGCAAUGCUGAUCCAGAUGAGGGCAUCUAUACCAAAACGCAGCUAGUCGACGGCGAUAUGGCGCCCGUCUGCUCGCCAGUUCAGGCUCCAAACAAAUCAGAUAACACGGUGCAGAGCAAUGAGAAUACAAGAACUCUGGGAGCGUCAUUGGACCAGGAAGGACAAAAUGCCACCAAUGAUGACAAGAACACCGAUGACAUGGCUUCCAGGAAAGCAAUUGGAGUGGCGAAAUACGAUGAAAUGCAAGAGGUGAAACCUCCAGUCUCUUCGCUUGAUGUUGAGUCUGCGGAGAAAAUCGACAAACAGGGCCGAAAGGAGCAUUCUUCGGAGAAGAAGCGCAAAGAGAAGCGACCACACAAACGCUCCAAGUCUGGAGACCACUAUGCAGAGUCAUCCAAGCGAGCCAAGACAAUGGAAGCGUCCGUCCUGAAUGGCGAAGUCGAGAAUACCAAGGUCAGUGGUCCUGGUAACCAUGCAGAAGCCAAAGGCGUCGAGCAAGCGAGGGCGAGAAUUCCUACAAACUGCAGCAUUCGCCACGAGUAUGACCAAGAACAGGAGCUAAAAGACGGGAAAAAGCUGGCCAAGUCAAGAAGAUAUACGAAGUUUAUGCGCACAACACUCGAGGACCAUCAGCUCACCGCCUUGUCGUGGAUGGUGAAAAGAGAGAAAGAAUUUCCGAGGCCAGCAGCCGGCGGUAUUAUCGGCGAUGAGAUGGGACUCGGAAAGACUGUUACGAGCUUGGCAUGCAUUGUCACCAAUAGACUCAACAAGUCAGAGCGAACGAAUCGCGCAGAGGCAACGCUCGUGUUAGUUCCCAACAGAAAGAAUGCCCUACAGUGGAGGGAUGAGGCGAGAAAACAUUUGACCGAGGAAGCGAGCCAGAAUGUAAUCGUCUACUCCCCUGCCAGUGACCUUGGACCAAAGCAUUAUGCGAAGCAGCGGAUCGUCAUUGCAACAUAUACCCAAGUGCGGAACCAAUACCCCAGCCAAGCGUUCAUGGAUGCCCUGGAUCGCCAAUACGCGGAUGAGCCUCGAGCGCAUCGGCGCGAGUUCCGCAAAGAAGCCAAGGAGCUCUUUCUUGUGGAUUGGUUCAGGGUGAUUCUGGACGAGUCUCACGAAAUGACCAAAUGGAAUGGACGCACUUUCAGAGCAUGUUGCGCGAUCGAGGCGCAACAUCGUUGGGCCUUGAGUGGCACUCCUAUCCUGAACAAGCCAAUGGAGUUUUAUUCGUAUGCGACUUUCAUCUGUUGCAACUUCAUCGGCAACCGGCGCGUCUUCAAAAACGACUACAUAACUGAGGACGCGACAAACAAUUACUUCGAUACUAUAGCCAGUUAUCUCAUGUAUCGGCGGACCGCAGGCAAGAAUCUCAACAUUCCACCGACGACUCAUCAAGAGUUAUAUGUCGAGGUUUCGGCGGAAGAGGAGGUCCUAUGCAAGCGCCAGAAGGAGCAUGAAGAAGGCAAAGAGAACAAGGGAAUGCCUCUCUUCGAAGACGAAUACGGCGUGGAUGAAGUUGAGGACCUCAUGCCUGAGCAAGGCAAAACAGGCGAGAGAAGCAAAGAGUCUCCGGUGAGGUCAAUCCAAUCAUCGAGACAACUGCGUCUCAGGCAAGCUUUAUCUCAUCCAUAUUGCUUGGAGAACUUCUUGAUGAGUCAAGACUACCUCGAUCAGAGCGAAUUUGGAUCCCUAUUUGAGAAUCUCAGGUCAGUCGCUGAGGAAAAGACGGUCAUCGAGCAACUCGAAGCAGAUCCAGAUUGGCAGCAGCAUCUUGGCAAGUACCAAAGCGGCCUCGACAUCCUCAAGAAACGCGAAGAGGUGUCUCUAGGGGGUAUUUUCGAUAUGAACAGCAUCAUGAGUCUCUUGUUGGUUCAGCGUGUUGUAAAAAUGUCCGAAUGUGGAGGAUCUGAAGGUCACUCUCAAGACCUAUGCCGAUACAAAUGUGGUCAUAUAUACUGCAGUACAUGCUUGACCCGACUGAUGGUGCAGAGGAGCAAUUUGCCAACAGAGCAGCAGAACGGGGUUAUGAAAUGCUCUGUUGAUGACUGCGGCCAGGACCUCCUGUUGGGUCAGCGAGUAAUGACUCUGGAGAUGGUGGCCGCCAAGGCACGGGCGGACAAGAACUACGUGGAGAUUGGAAAAGAUGCGAUUGGAACCACUGUCCAGCCUAAGAAUGACUCGUCGGUGUUCUUCGUUGCGAGUUCAUUCUAUCGCGAGGACGCCAUUCCCCCGCCGAGCUCGAGGCUGACGGCGACGCUGGCCGUGGCCAUGACUUGGCUGACCGAGGCGCCUCAGGACAAGAUCAUCAUCUUUACACAGUUCAUUCCGACACUGAAGAUGCUAGGCUACCUCUUUCAGAUCCUGGGGGUCAAAUUCGUCUACUAUUCGGGAGCGUUGCCCAAGCAGAAGCAGGAUCACGCAAUGAAUGCUUUUCAGAAUGAUCCAAAGACGAUGGUCAUGAUCUCAACCAUGAAGAGUGGUGGCCAGUCACACAACCUGACCGUGGCCAACCGCGUCAUCAUCGUGGACCUCUGGUGGAACAAAAUGGCCGAGAAGCAAGCCAUAAGCCGCGUCGCUCGAAUGGGCCAGACGAAGGAGACGUUUUCGGUACGCAUCGUGACGAAGCACAGCAUGGACGACCAUGUCAUUGAGGUGCAGAAGGCGAAGGAAGAAACUGUCGCGCGAAUGCUUCAGGACGAUGGUCAUGAGCGGACGGAAGUCAACGACGAGGCCCUUGAGAAGAUGUUUGAGCCCAAGUCGGUCGAGAAGGAGAAAUCGAAGAAGCGGAGAGGGGUCAAGGCGUCAGUGACAGAUAUGAUUUUCAAGGAGGAGUCGCCCGAGUAG